UGUUGACUGAAAAACCAGAAAUACCCUCACCUCUGAAUCGGAAAUUUCACAAUGAAAACCUCUCUCCCCCUCUCCCCCCCUCUCUGUGUCUCUGUGUGAAUUUGUUGUAGCAUUGGUGUUUGGUUCCACCUGAAUUUGAAUAUACAUAUACGAUGUGGAGAAGAGUGGUCCCUACUCAGGUCCAAACCCUAGCUCCAUGGCGUCGACUCGCCCCCGGAAUCACCCGAUCCGUUCCCAUUUCCGGCGACACCACCACCACUCGAUCACUCACCUCCGCCUCAUCAUCCCCCCAUACGACGCCGUUUCAUCCAACCUUCACUUUCUCAUCUCACCAAGCUGCCACUGACUCCGACACUUUCCUUUCAAAGGGGAAGAAGAGGGUUGAAGAUGUAAUGCCGAUCGCCACUGGACACGAGCGUGAAGAACUUGAGGCUGAGCUUGAGGGGAGGAACAUUCUUGAGAUGAAUUAUCCGGUUGGACCUUUCGGAACCAAGGAAAGACCUGCUAUAGUUAAAUCUGUUUAUAACAAAAGAAUAGUUGGAUGCCCUGGUGGUGAGGGAGAAGAGGAGCACGAUGUCGUGUGGUUUUGGCUGGAGAAAGGCAAACCUCAUGAAUGCCCAGUCUGUUCUCAACAUUUCAAGCUUCAAGUAGUUGGCUCCGGCGGACCUCCGGACGGCCAUGGAGAUGAUGAUCAUCACUGAUAAAGCAUGAAUGCUUUUCUCUGUGGAAUAAAUUUUGGUUAGAUGUUGAGAACACAGUUUGUCAUACAGCAUAGCUUCAACCACUUUUUUUUUUUUGUUGUUGUUUCUGAUAUAUCCUUAGUUCUUGAGAAUAUGGUGUCCCACAAUGUUUUGGUCGGCAAUCUUUUGUUUCAUGGCCUGGUCAUCCAUGGACCUACUGGAUUUGUUUAACCUUCUUUAAUGCAUCAUCAAAUAAUUGAUGGCUACAUCUGAUGAUUCUUUUUGUCA